CCAAAUCUAUCGGAGGUGGGCGUGGCCUCGAGUAGCGACUCAGUGCGCAAGCGCGAGCGCAUCGCCAUUUUCCUGUUGUUAGCUAAAGCCAAACUAAUAAGCUAGCUGAGAGAAAUCAGCCAACGUUUCUGUUGUUGAACACCAGACGUCCAGACUGAUCGCACAGAUAAAAGCCUGAGCUCGUCCACCUCUCUCCCGUCAUCAUGGACGAGGAGUACUACAGCGGAGGAGCCGGCGACUGGGAGGACGGGGGGAACCUGGAUGGCUACGUCGAAGGAGAAAAUGACGGCAAAAUCCAGGAAGACUGCCUGAAGAAGUUCUCCAGCAGGGAUUACAUCAUGGAGCCGGCGGUCUUCAACACCCUGAAAACGUAUUUCCAGGCUGGCGGUUCUCCGGAAAGCGUGAUCUCGCUCCUGUCGGAGAACUACUGCGCCGUGGCCCAGACGGUCAACCUCCUGGCAGAGUGGCUGAUACAGAUGGGUGUAGAAGCCGGCCAGGUCCAGGAGCGCGUGGAGAACCACCUGAAGAGCCUCCUCAUCAAGCACUUUGACCCCCAGAAGGCCGACUCCAUCUUCACGGUGGAGGGGGAGACGCCGGCCUGGUUGGAGCAGAUGAUCGCCCACACCACCUGGAGGGACCUCUUCUACAAGCUGGCCGAGGCCCACCCCGACUGCCUGAUGCUCAACUUCACCGUCAAGCUUAUCUCGGACGCGGGCUACCAGGGGGAGAUCACCAGCGUGUCCACGGCCUGCCAGCAGCUGGAGGUCUUCUCCCGGGUCCUCAGAACCUCCCUGGCCACGCUGCUGGACGGAGGGGAGGAGAACCUGGAGAAGAACCUACCGGAGUUCGCUAAGAUGGUGUGCCACGGGGAGCACACCUACCUCUUCGCCCAGUCCAUGAUGUCCAUCCUGUCCCAGGAGGAGCAGGGCGGCUCGGCCAUGCGCAGGAUAGGCCAGGAGGUGCAGAAGUCGGCCCAUCAGAGGGGCCACGACGCCAGCCAGAUCACGCUGGCCCUGGGGACGGCGGCGGCCUACCCGCGGGCGUGCCAGGCCCUGGGCGCCAUGCUGUCCAAGGGGGCCCUGAACCCCGCCGACAUCACCGUGCUCUUCAAGAUGUUCAGCAGCAUGGACCCGCCCCCCGUGGAGCUGAUCAGAGUGCCCGCCUUCCUGGACCUCUUCAUGCAGUCUCUGUUCAAGCCCGGCUCCAAGAUCAACCAGGACCACAAACACAAAUACAUCCACAUCCUGGCCUACGCCGCCAGCGUGGUGGAGACAUGGAAGAAGAACAAGCGUGUGAACAUCAACAAAGACGAGCUCAAGUCCACGUCCAAGGCCAUCGAGACGGUCCACAACCUCUGCUGCAACGAGAACAAGGGAGCGACCGAGCUGGUGGCCGAGCUGGGAACGCUGUACCAGUGCAUCAGGUUCCCUGUGGUGGCCAUGGGGGUGCUGAAGUGGGUGGACUGGACGGUGUCGGAGCCUCGCUACUUCCAGCUGCAGACGGACCACACGCCGGUGCACCUGGCGCUGCUGGACGAGAUCUGCACCUGCCACCAGCUGCUGCACCCCCAGGUGCUCCAGCUGCUCGUCAAGCUCUUUGAGACGGAGCACUCCCAGCUAGACGUCAUGGAGCAGCUGGAGCUGAAGAAGACUCUGCUGGACCGCAUGGUGCACCUGCUCAGCCGUGGCUACGUGCUGCCCGUGGUGGGCUACAUCCGACGGUGUCUGGAGAAGCUCAACACGGACAUCUCCCUCAUCCGGUACUUCGUCACGGAGGUUCUGGACGUGAUCGCGCCGCCGUACACGGCGGACUUUGUGCAGCUGUUCCUGCCCAUCCUGGAGAACGGCAGCAUCGCCGGAACCAUCCGCACGGAGGGGGAGUACGACCCCGUGGCCGAGUUCAUCGCUCACUGCAAGUCCAACUUCAUCAUGAUCAACUGAUGGCCGGCGGGGCUGAUUGUCCCUCGGUGGAGCUCGUAGACGGAGUCCUUCCCGAGGCCGGAGCUCUGCGAGACGCGCCUCCACGGAGACGGAGAGGCGCAGUCCGCCGCCGCCGCCGCCGGGGCCUUAGACCGGGGCGCAGGGGGUGCGGCCGGACGCUCCGACGCGAGGCACGCUAGAAGCUCUCGGAAGGCAGCUUCAAAAUGUGCUUUUGAUUCGGUGCCAUACAUGUAUAUUUAAUUUUUUUACAUAAAUGUCUCUACUAGUCGUUUUUCAAAUAAAAUAAUUUAAUGGACUUAACUUGUUGAUCUUGUGUUAUUACCGGGGCCUUCAUUGAUUAAGCAAUAAGGGGUCUUUAAGCGGCCCUUAUAUUUAAUUCCGGCCCUCAGGGCCUUUUGAUCUUGUAUCAUUUAAUACCGCCAUCACCGAAGCCCUCAGGAACCACACGCUAUGCAUGAAGGUUUCACGACGUCUCACAUGGAUGGAGGCGUGUUGAAACCUUCUCCGGGGUCCAGAAGACACACUAAACAAGACCACCAAGAGGGCAGCGGACCAGGGAGUGAGUACUACAACACCUGACGCGUUCUGGCCCAGCAAUGGCUAUAGGCUGGGUGGUAUGGCAGGCCAACGUGCUGCCUAUUUUAUCGUCUGUUCUUUUGGUUGACCUCACUGUCAGGAGUGAAACAAAUGUUAAGCUCUUAUCUUGAUGUGUUGUUGGGUGUCAAUCGUUUUUAGCCAAUUCUCUAAAUCAGCAUAAUUAAAAAAAGGUUGUUUGAUUUCAUACGACUAAGUUCUAAUAUUUAACUUUGAUACAAUUUUAAAUGAAGCAAAUACAGCCACUUGAUUUAAUACUUUAAUUUCGGAAAUGCCAAUCUUAAAUUGACUCGCAUUGCAGGAAGAAAGGCAAAUCACAGUGUAGUUCAAUGGAACAUGACAAACUCUUACAAUUUGAUCGGAUGUACACACUAGUGACACAAGUACAGCAGGUCAACACACCUCAUUCUGUUAUUAACACUGCAUCAGGCGCAGAUGGUGACAGGAUCUUUGGUAGCCCUAGCAUCAGCUCAAAAGUGAUUGAAGUUUAGGCUAGUAGUCUUCUAGUUCAUCAACUACUUAUGUACAUCAGCAUGUGCGGCAGUAAACAUGUCGUUUCCACAGCGUAUCUGGCUAAAGGCUACAGAAAAGUAAAAAGUGGACAUUUUCAAAA